AUGCAGGAAAGGGCGCAACGGCAGGAGAGGUUGACGGAGCAUGAAGUUUACUCCUCUGGUGAUCAUGGUGACGGGGAUGAAGAUAAACAUGGACGGGAGGGAGGCCAAUACUUGUCCAAAGACCUGUUGAAUCGUCAAGUUCAGUAUAGUUCUACAGAUUUCAAGAAAGCCGUGUACCGCAUCAAGACACGAUUGUUGAAAUCGCUUCAAGACGAACACUGGAUUAGGAACUCAGUCACGAAACACUUGCAAGCAAGCUUUGAAAACAGGGGAAGGAGCAAGGAGCUGAAAGAUGAUUCCAGCAUACUUGGAAACGUCGAAGAUGUCUUUGCGCAAUUCAAUCUAGAGCGAGCAUUCAGCGCUGCCUCCUUCAAGACUCACGAGGAUAAAAAGCGCGCUCAUUCGCAGGUCGGUGAAAGCUCAGCGUCAAACGAAGAAACUUCAAUUGCAAGGACGGGUGAGAGCGAAAAAAGCCAACAGCAGGAGAAGAGCCCAAGAGAGGGGUAUUUGGUGAACAUCGGACUCGCGACCACUCGAUCUUCUUGGAGUCCAGCAGCACUAGCUGCAGCUUUCUUCGAGAUAGCAACGACGCCGUAUCAAGAGAGCGCAAUCGGCGACUUAGAGGUACGGCAAACAAGUUUUGCCCCUCUCGCGAGUGGAUCUUUGAGUCAAGCUCUCAUGGACUACGAGCUGCCGCUCUGGGCAAAGGGACCUGGAAAAGCCAUGGCAAACGAUUACCCAUCCAUCGUGAAGGAGAAGAACGGGAGUAAAACAGUUUCAGCGAGAAUUUGGAUCUCGAAUGAUGAAGGCAAGCCUUUCUCGGAGACAGACAGGAAUGUCUUGAUCUAUGCAAUCUCCAAAGGUUUGGUCUUACCACUCAGCGACGUUAGCAUACGAAGCGUGGAGAUCGUAAUUGAUCAAAGCUGA